AUGCGGACUGCAUUGCGGGCCAAAAAGAAAUAUGGUUUUAUUGAUGGAUCUGUAAAGCAACUAGCAGAUGACUCACUGGAACUUGAAGAUUGGUGGACGGUUAACUCUAUGCUGGUUUCUUGGGUGUUUAACACCAUUGAACCAACGCUUCGCUCGACCAUCUCUCACAUGGAGAACAUAAAGGACAUGUGGGAGGAUAUUAAACAGAGGUUCUCAAUUGGGAAUGGUCCACGAAUAUGCAAUCUUACCAUUGAAUUGGAAAGAAAGCGUGAAGAAGAGAGAGUUUAUCAGUUUUUGAUGGGCUUGGAUGAAGAAGGAUACAGAACAGUGCGCUCUAAUAUUUUGAGCACUGAACCCUUGCCCAAUUUGAAUCGUGCCUAUGCUAUGGUUGUUCAGCAAGAAGAGCGUAACUAUGACACGAACCAAGGAAGAAAGAGGCAAUCCUAUGAGUUUUGCAAUUCAAGCAGUAAUAGACCACGUGGAACUUCUGCUGGACGAGGAGGUGGUCAAAAGCGUGGCAAUGGAGCAGGACAUAGCAAGGGAGGAGUUGCUCGUGCCAACGCCACAAAAGCAACUGGAGUUGAUGGUAGGCAUGGAAUUGUGACAAAUUCAGAUCGAAAGGGUCUUAGUAGAUUAAAUGAAGAGCAGUGGGCUGCUUUGCUGGGCAUGUUGAAUUCUUGUCAGAAUGGUGGCAAUGAGAGGUUGACAGGAACGUUGGCAUUUUUGAGUGAAUUGCGUGACAUUGUCCCAUGCUCAGUCGGGUUACCUAAUGGAGAAAAGACCUUGGCGGUGAAAGAAGGAACGGUGUUGCAUGGAGGAGACUUGAAAUUGCAACGAGUCCUUUAUGUGCCAAAUUUGAAUUGCAAUCUGAUCUCUGUAUCACAACUGCUUAAUGAUUCAAAUUUGGUUAUUCAACUCACUAACAAAAUUUGUGCUAUGCAGGACCUAAAUUCGAGGAACCUAAUUGGAGCGGAAUUUCCAUAUGCAAAUGAGAAAACAAUGGGUGAUGAACUCAUUAAAAAUGGAGUUGAGGAGUUGGGUGAUGAAGUUGAUGGUUUAGAGAACAACUUGGGAAAGGAGCACGAUGAAAGUGUCAGUAGAGAAAAUGAGGUGAAUCCUGAAAUGGAAGAAUUGAUCCAUGAAAACAGUGAGGGAGUGGAUAGAGGUGAAGUUGUUGAAGAGCAACUAGGUAGGGGACAAAGGGCCAAGCAACCUAGUGUUCGUUUGAAGGAUUAUGUGACAAACGCCAUUAAAACAAGCCCCUCGGUAUGCUCACCUUCCCAAUCUGAUUCCUUAGGUACGCCUUACUCUAUAGCAGAUUAUGUGGGUUAUGAUAAAUUCUCUGCACAACACCGAUGUUUUUUAGCUGCCAUUACUACAGGACAUGAACCAGGCUCUUAUGCAGAAGCAGUUACGGAUGAACGUGUUGAACAAUACAAGGCGCGGUUAGUGAUAUUGGGAAAUAAUAAAGUUGAAGGCAUAGAUUAUCAGGAGACUUUUGCUCCUACAACAAAAAUGGUUACUGUGCGCACCUUUCUUGUCGUUGCAGCUACAAAGAAUUGGGAACUCCAUCAGAUGGAUGUCCAAAAUGCUUUCUUACACGGUGAUUUGGAGGAAGAGGUUUACAUGAAGAUACCGCCUGGAUUUGCUUCUCAAUCACCAAGGAAGGUUUGUAAAUUCCGAAAAUCUCUAUACAGUUUGCGGCAAGCACCUAGAUGUUGGUUUGCGAAAUUGACUGCAUCUCUGAAAGCUUAUGAAUUUGAGCAAUCAUAUUCAGAUUACUCUUUGUUCACUUUUCGAGCUGGGACUGUUCAAUUGAAUGUGCUUAUUUAUGUGGAUGACCUUAUUAUCUCUAGCAAUGAUGUUUCCGCUGUACAAAAAUUCAAGAACUAUUUAAGUCGUUGCUUUCAUAUGAAAGACUUGGGGAAGCUGAAAUUUUUCUUAGGGAUUGAAGUAGCCAGAAACUCGAAUGGUAUUUUCUUGUGUCAACGUAAGUAUGCAUUGGAUGUAAUUUCAGAAGUUGGAUUACUGGGUUACAAGCUGGCUAAAACUCCUCUUGAACAAAAUCACAAGCUAGCCCUUACCGAGAGUGAUGAUGUGGAUGACCCUGCUCAGUAUAGGGGUCUGGUGGGACGGCUUAUUUAUCUAACAAUAACUCGGCUCGAGUUGUCUUAUUGUGUGCAUAUUCUUGCUCAGUUCAUGCAACAACCGAAGAAAGCUCAUUGGGAGGCAGCUGCUAGAUUAAAAGGAUUAUUGAAUUCUCUUGGUGUGGCGCAUACUGAACCUAUGAAUUUGUAUUGUGAUAGUCAGGCAGCUUUGCAUAUAGCUGCUAAUCCUGUCUAUCAUGAACGUUACAAGCAUAUUGAAGUGGACUAUCAUUUUAUCCGUGAUGAGAUAUUGAAUGGUAACAUUCGAACAGAUUAUGUACGUAGUUCAAUGCAACCUGUGGAUAUCUUCAUAAAGGCGUUGGGAAAGAAUCAGUUUGACUUUCUUCUUCGCAAAUUGGGCAUUCGAGAUCUCCAUGCUCCAACUUGA